UCUUUCUUUCUUUUCUUCACAGUAUUCCGUAAUAAACACCUUCACGCGGCCUUAAGCUUUAAACCUUCUUUUCCCCAUUUGGGUUUUUGUUUUAUUUUCCGAAGAUAUUUUGAAUCAUCGGAGAUUUGAGAGGUAAUGGCUAGAUUAUUAUCAUCAAACGCGUUGUUGAGGGCCAUCGCCACUCUCCCAGCUGCUCGAUCUAAUGGAAACGUGAUUGGAUCCUUCUACCAGAAUGGGUUGAAAUACUCAACCGUUCCCGGUGACCCUGAUACACAUGAAGAUUUCAGACCGACAAAUAAGGUUCAGGAGUCUGCUGCUGUUUCUUUUAAGGGUUUCGUUGAACAGGAUGUCAAGGAAAACCCUGUGAUGAUUUAUAUGAAAGGGGUACCUGAUUUUCCUCAAUGCGGAUUCAGCUCUUUGGCAGUUAGAGUGUUAAAACACUACAAUAUUCCUUUAAGUGCAAGAAAUAUCCUGGAAGAUCCUGAGCUGAAAAGUGCUGUCAAAGCCUUCAGCCACUGGCCCACAUUUCCGCAGAUAUUUAUAAAGGGAGAGUUCAUUGGGGGUUCAGAUAUAAUUCUCAACAUGCACCAGAAUGGAGAACUGAAAGAAAAGCUCAAGGAUAUCUCUGGCAAUCCAAAGCCCGAAUAAGUCGCUAUUGAAUCUCAAGAUUGUAGUAGGUAUUUUUGCUUUAUUCAAACUCAACUUGUUUGCUCUCCUCGACUCUGGAAGAUGAUAAAGAUAAAAGGUUACAUACGUUAUUAUGUACGACGACCUUGACUUGUUAAGGCUUUUAAAUAAAUAUCACAUUUCUUCA